AUGUGGCAUGGCUUAACGCGGCAGUUCCGUCGGGACGCAGUGCCUGCUCGCCCCAGUGCACCGACGAAUGCAGCUGUGCAGGAGCGUGCACCUGCGGUGACAUUGCGCGCUCCACAGCAGCGGCAGCGCUUCAACCCAGCCAUCUCCAUGGUUGGCGAAGAAGAGGAGGAGGAAGAGGAGGAAGAGGUGGGAAGGGGACGGGGCGAGACAGGUUCCACCGGUGCAGUCUACAAAGGCAUCACUGCCACGGAAGAUGACAGUAACUACGAUGCCUCCAUUGUUGUGGAUGCUACUGGGAAGAUGCAGGUGCGUCUCAGUUACACGCACCCUGGCUCGAUUGCCCGCGCCCUCUCGUCAGCGUCCUCUGCCACCGCAGAGACCCAGGACUUCUCCGCCCCGCCAGCGGACACCCUGCGCAGCCUCUUUCAAACCUUCCGAACGGUGUCGCAUUUCACCACUGCAGACCAAGACGUGCAUGAUCUCAAGCGCACUCUGCAGCGCCAGCUCACCACAGACGACAUUGCACGGCCGGAGCGCCUGGAGAACAACACGGACCGCUUUCGGUGGACGGACAACGAGCAGCAGCCGCUCAGCAUCACCGUCUGUGUCAACGACCAAUCCGCCAUGUUCACCGUACCAGCCACUGCCACCUUUGCGACGGUUGCUGCAGAGGUGCAAUCCCACAUGGGCGUGGAUGUGCACGCGGACACGCACGUGUUCAAGCUUGCGGCUGCGGCGGAGACGUUUGACCUCAACAGCACCAUGCAGCUGUGCGAUGUUGGUGCAUUUGCCGUUGUUCUCAACAACGUCGCCCUCGGACCAGACAAGCAGGGCAUCCCCAUCGUUCUUCGCGUCAUCACCAAGGACUCGCUGCCCCGCCCCUUUGCCGGCGCCGUGCACCCCGACACCAAGUUUGUGCCCAUCGUCGCGCCACCGGAAACAGUGCACCUGAACGAUCUUCUGCACACGCUGCGGGAGAAAGCGGAUGAACUUCGCAUCGACACGGCGUCGGCCAACGUGAAGCCGUUUGUACAGGCCGUGCGUGCCCUCUCCUUUGCCGCCGGCGAGCUCGAACUCAAGGAGCUCUCCCGGUCGAUCCAGACGCUGACGUCGCUGGAGAACACGGUUCACGACAUGAUGAAGGUUGAGGCUGUGCUGAGCGAUGUGCUGCGGCUGUGCGAGGAGAUGGUGGCCAUUUUCCGCAAAGCGGCGUCGCCACGCCCGCCAACGCGAUCAACAGUGAUCACCAUGGCUCCCGAAGAGCUGACAGACUGCUUCUCCUUCCGCGUCGACUCGCUGCACCGGCUCCCGCAGGCGUGGCUCGCCACAUUCCCGCUCUUCAGGGUGCAGGUUGGGCUGUACUAUGGCGAUGCGCUGAUUGCGCCCAUGAUCCCGCUCAUGUGCUCGCACGAGCCAAUCGGACAGUUCUUCCGCACCGUGUUUUGGAAACACGAUGACUGGAUUGAGACCAACAGCCUCCUCUACCGCCACCUCCCGCUCGAAACCAGGAUCGUUUGCCUCGUCGAUGGCGCCACAGCGGACAACGGCAUCACGUGGCAAAGUCUUGGGUGGGCGUCGAUUCCACUUUACGACCACCACCGCGUCCUCUCCACCGGACCCGUUCUCCUGCGCCUCAACGAGAAUGAGCAGCGGGGCCCGCACCUGAGCUCCAACGACGUCGUCGCCAAUCAGGCGCCGUUCCUCCUCUUCCGCCUGCGCGAAUUCGACCGCCCCGUCCUCUAUCGCGCCCUCCCGCACACCGACCGCAGCAGCCCCAGCAAGCACGCCACGGCUGGUGAUGGUGGUGAUGGUGAUGGUGAUGGUGAUGGUGAUGGUGAGCGCGCAUCGCUUGGGUCAUCGUCGUCGUCAUUGGAAGCAGACGACAGCGCCCGCAAGCACGCGCUGUCGACCAUCGCUGAGGGCGACGAGGAAGAUGAGGAAGACGCAAGAGGAAGCAGCCGUGCGAGUAAGCAGAGCAACACCAGCGGCGCCGCCACAGGCGGAUUCCGCAUUUCAAAUCUCCCGGCGCCUGCGUCUGCACUGCUUGAAGACGUGGAUGUCUCCAUCACAUCUCCCCUGCUGCAGACAUAUGUCAGCUUGUACGACCUCGUCUCUCCUCCGCUUGGAUUCCUCAGUCUCUACCGCGGCGCUGAUGUCCACAUUCUGUCGCAAGAUGGUGACAUCUGGACUGGCAGCCUCGCUGACAGCCCCGACACGCAAGGAAAAGUACAGUCGAGCCACCUGUCGUCGCUGCCCAAACCCCCAGAGCCGCUUGCACCGCCACAGCACACCCCGCAGACAGACCAGAUCCUGGGCCACUGCAGGGCCAUGUUCAGCUUCACAGGGGAGGGUGACGCUGCGCUGUCGUUUGAGAUGGACGAUGUGAUUGCCAUCCGCGCCAAGGAGGGCGUGUGGUGGUUUGGAGACAUCGAGCACCGCACCGGCUGGUUCCCGGCCUCAUAUGUUGAAAUGAUGCCUGCGUUGAAGCCGGAGCCAACCAUGAACGAGCGAAAGGUGGUGACGCACGACUUUGCAAGCAAAUCGUCCCAUGAUCUCGACCUGGAGACGGGGGAGGACGUUGUUGUCAUUCACCAAUACGCCGGCUGGUGCUACGGCCAACAAGGCGAUGAGGAGGGCUGGUUUCCGGCGACACACGUGUCUGAACCCGAGGAAGAAGACCCGCUCGUAUACGAGGCGACGUACAACUACGAGGCGAAAUAUGAGGACGAACUCACGCUGUCGCUCGGGGCAACCGUCUUCAUCCUGCAGCAGCCAGAGGGCGGGUGGUGGCAGGGCAAGUGCAACGACAGGAUUGGCUGGUUUCCAUCCAACUACGUCAAACCAAAGGAGUCGGCUUCACCAACCGCGGCCAAGCGUGCGAGCACCACCAGCGCGGCCACAGACACCACGUCUGUGCCCUCAAUCAGCGUGUCCAUGUCCUCCACCGCUGAAGCGCCCACGCCCACGAAGGUUCCACCACCAAAACCGCCGCCACCAAACACUUCCUCGUCCCAGCAACCAGCAUCCCUCUCUCUCCCAAGCAGAUCGCUCCAUUUUGUGGCCUCGUACCGCUUCACCGCGCGGAACAUGGACGAGCUCUCGUUUGAUGUCGGACAGCCCAUUGUUGUUGUGAAGCAGCCAGAUGGCGGCUGGUGGUACGGGCGCGUCGAGGACCGGGAGGGCUGGUUCCCGUCGAACCACGUGCGCCCGGCGACCAUCGACGUGUCCUCUGCUGCCGAGCGGUCGUCGUUCAAGGCUGUGGCGGCGCAGGCGCAGGCCAUCAUCCGCCACAGCACCCUCGAUCGCCUCUCUCCGGCCGACAGGAAGAUGAUCUGGAUGUUCCGGCGCGACCUGCAGGGCGACGCGCGUGCACUGCCGCGUGUGGUGCAGGCCAUCCCCGUGUGCCACACCCCGACGCUGGUUGAAGAGCUGGAGGCCCUCAUCCUGAGCUGGGCGCCGCCUUCGCCGCUGCAGGCGCUGGAGUUGCUGCAGCAGUCGUUUGCCGACCGCAACAUCCGCGCAGCCGCCGUCACGUGGAUCGAGCGCAUGGACACGAGUGCAUUUGCCGCCAUCCUGCCGCAGCUGGUGCAGGCGGUGAAGUUUGAGCUGUUCCACUGCAACGAGCUGAGCAUGCUGCUUGUUCGCCGCGCCGGCACCAGCCCGCGCAUCGCCAUGCAGCUGUUCUGGACGCUGCGGUGCGAGGCCGACAACCAACUCAGCGGCGCGCGGUACCAGCUGCUGCUCGACCAGAUGCUCGCACACGCGACCACGGGCGUGCAGCGUGAGCUGGCGUGGCAGGUGGCGUUGGUGGCCCGACUGAAAUCAGUGCAUCGGCGCAUUGCUGCGAUUAGCGGUAGUGAAGCGAGGAAGAAGGCGCUUUCCUCGGCGCUCACGGAUCUCGCCGGGGAUCUGCCUGCACGCUUCCAUCUCCCACUUGAUGCCUGCAUGCAAGUGAGCGGCAUCAAGGCGCAGCGGUGCAGUUUCUUCACCUCCAAUGCCAUUCCACUCCGCCUCGUCUUCAACAACGCCGACGAGGCCGGCGGGGAUGUUGAGUGCAUCUUCAAGUGCGGGGACGACCUGCGACAGGACACGCUGGUGAUGCAACUCGUGCAGUUCCUGCACCGCACGUGGCUGGACAGCGGUCUGAAUUUGCACAUGAUCACAUUCCGCAUUCGACCGACAGACGCCACCAGCGGUUUCAUUGAGAUGAUCAAGAAUGCCAAGACGCUGCGCGAGAUUCACACGCGUCACGGCAGUGUGACGGGCUCGUUCAACGAUCGCUUGCUCCACGAAUGGCUGCGGCAGAACAACGCGUCGCCAGAGCAGUGGAGGGCCGCACACAACCGCUUCAUGCGAUCGUGCGCUGGGUACUGCGUUGCCACGUAUCUGCUCGGUGUUUGUGAUCGCCACAACGACAACAUCAUGAUCACGCGAGACGGGCGGCUGUUCCACAUUGACUUCGGCCGCUUCUUGCGUCAUGCGCAGAAGUUUGGGCCCAUCAACCGCGACCGCGUGCCGUUUGUGCUGACGUCAGACAUGGCAUACGUCAUCAACGAGGGCGACAAGCCCACGCCCCACUUCCAGACGUUUGUGGACCUGUGCUGCCAGGCUUACAACAUUGCACGCGCACACGGCAACACGCUGCUGUCGCUGAUGAUGCUGAUGUUGCAGGCGGGCAUCCCGGAGCUGCAGAGCAAAUCCGAUCUCGUGCACGUGCAGGACGCGCUGAAACUCAACGACACGGACGAGGCUGCGAUGGCCCACUUCACAAAGAUGAUCCAGACAUCGCUGUCGAGCAAGUUCACCAAGAUCAACUUUUUCUUCCACAAUCUCGGCCAGAUGCGAUCGUCCAACGCAAGCAAAGGGCCCGUCCUCUCCUUCAGUCCGCACACGGGCGAUCCAAAGACGGAAGCGCGCAUCGUCUCUGCUGAAAUUGUUGAGUUCCAGAAGCGAUAUGACCUCGACAAGAACAAGUUCUACAUGUACAUGGUCCGCGUUGAGCGUGUGGACGGCAGCGUGACGUUUGUGUAUCGCCGUUACAGCGAGUUCAACGAACUGCACCAGAAGUUGUUGUCGAGUGUUGAUGAUACGCAGCGGAGCAGCAUCCCCUCCUUCCCCUCCAAGAUCUAUGUUGGUCGCUCUCACACGCGCCAGGUUGCCCUGAAGCGCAUGCGGCACCUGAACCAGUACAUGCGCGUGCUCCUGGCCAUGGACGAUGCUGUGGUGCACACGCCGCUCGUGUACACCUUCUUCUGCCCCACCCCGCGCGAUGAAGUCGACAACCACAACGCCGCAGACGAACUCGGUGCCGAUGCGUCGUCGCUUCCUGCCAUUCCAGGCUUUGGGCAGGUGCAGCUGACGGUGCGCUACGAUCCGGACGAGCACGUGCUCACCAUCCACGUCCACCACGCGCGCGGCCUCCGCCCUCCGCCAGGCACACAGUCACCAGGCCCAUAUGUGAAGGUGCACGUGCUGCCGAGCCGUAGCCGCGACAUGAAGCGCAAGACGUCCGCGCAACAAAACACCGUCAACCCGACAUUCAACGAGACGCUCACCUACAAGGACGUCGACGUGGAGCAGAUUGCAUCCACCGCCCUCGAGGUUGGCGUGUGGACGCGCGACUAUGGUUCCAAGGCGACGUGUAUGGGUGUGGUGCAGCUGAACCUGUCUGACCCUUCAUUUGAUUUGGGCACGGGCACGCCGCGAUGGUUCACGCUCGAGGCGCCCACACCCGCGGCAACUGACGCGUGACCUUGGGAUGUGACGUCGCACAGCAUCACCGGCACACGUCCACCAAAGCGCUUUCUGCUCGCUUCCCCUGUGCAUUGUUUGUUGUUUCCUUCUUUCUGCCUUGUGUUACAGCAAAGCGACGUAUUUGCGUGGUGGUACUCGGUUCGCAAUUGCACGACAUGUGUUCGAUAUUCGAUGGUUGCGCUUUGUGGAGGUUUCAGUUUGUGUAAUAAAGCCUGGCAAGUAAACCACAG